AUAUGCCUUGGGUGUGGCUCUAAAAAGACAAAAAAAAAAUUUAUUUAUUCACUCAUUCAUUCAUUCAUUGGCUGUCCUCUCAUUAGAAUAUGAACUCCAUUCAGGUAAGAACCUGAUCUGUUGUAUCAACUUCUGGAUCCUCAGAUCAGAGAAUAGCAACUGGUACCUAGUAGGCACUCAGCAAACAAUUGCUGAAUGAAUGAAUGAUAUUUUGGUACCUGGUCCCUGGCCAGGCCUCGAGGAGUGUUGUGCCAACGCUGCCUUUUCCCAGCUCUCAGACUGAUUAUGAUCAUCUCUUUCCAACUUUGCAUCCAGUGACAUUACACUGGUAGCUUAAAAUCUGCUCUGACGGGAGUAUUUAUACCACAGAAAUCGGCAAACAUGACAAAUCAGGACUUUGAUUUUUCCUUUUUUGGAAAGCAGUUUACCAUUACACCACUUUUAAUCUCUGAAACUCUUUCCUCCAAGGACUUCGGAACACUGGGAGUGGAAGCAGUGCUACCUCUGGGCCCUGGUGGCAAAAUCUGUUCCUGAGUUUGAAAUGGAAGUAUUCUACCUGGAACAAAGCUUAGUUUGGGUUCUGUGAGACCUGAAGGGAAGAAACCUCCGUCAGGCCUUGAGGGUUUGCUGCUUUGAGAGGGCAGGGACAUAACCCCACAGGGGAGAGCACGCUUCUCUGGCGGAGCUGCCCUGGUUAUACUUGUGGCUACUCUCUCAUGCAUCUUGCAGGAAGCAAUUAUUAAAGAGAUGACAUGAGAAAAUGAACUCACCGGGGGCCCAGAAACAUUUAGGGAGACUUUUCAGGGGGAGAGAUAUUUGAUAGAUGGGGGCUUACAAGGCAGAAGUAGUGAUUAUUCUUAUGCACCCUCUGACUGGUGGGACUAUAGCUAGACCAGCUUGGAAGGAAAUCAGAGGCUGAUUCUUGUGUUUGAGCUUCCAGCUUUUGGUACCAAGAGCUGAGACUGCGGUUCUCAGACUUAGGGAGUAAAAGAACCACACAAGAGCUUUAGAAAUACAGACUCAUGGCGACCCUCUCUGGCUUCCUCCAGAUUUAGUAGGUGGAAAUAAACCAGUUAUCUGCAUUUUUUUAACAAAUGACCCAGUGGUCUGUAGAACACAUUUUGAGAAGCCCUGUACUUCAGCAUGCAACGCAUCUGGAAAGGGACCAGGUUUUACUCCCCACCAGAUCCCUUAAAGAGUCUACUGUCUUCCGAAACCCAGUCGGGUAAACAUUGAAUUGGAAGGGCCAUUCCUCUCUCCCCCAAUCACUGCGUUUGUCUGUCACGUGCCUAAGCCCAGGUGGCUUCAGGAAGGAAGCCUCUCAGCUGAAUCUAUUUCCCAGAUUGCUGACCUCCCCACCUCUGCCUCCUGUGAGGAAGGAGCCAGGCUUGGGGCUAAAAGAGUGGUGUUCUUAAGAAGCUCGGGGAGCCGGUUUCCAGAAAUCAAACAUCAGUUAGUUUUCAUGUUUUUUAAAUCACAUGGGCAGGUUUCAAGUUCCUCCUUUUGCAGGCGCAUUAAUAUUUGGCAUUCGUUUUCUGUGUUUUCUGCCUCUGCGGAGAGCUGGGAUCACGAUUCCCGGGCGGGGGAGCAGCGCGCCCAGGUGCGCGGAGUUCUCCUGCGGGCGCCCGCGGCUAACGCCGCCAAGUCUCCAGCUGAGCGCAGCAGAGAUGAAGCCUCCAGGGGCCGCUCCUCGCCGCCCAGAGCCGGGCUUCCUUCCUCGGUACGUGCAGAGACUAGAAAACAGUUCUUUAGACACCGCAGUGACCGAGACCGCUCUACGCCCCCUUCCCCUGAGCAGGUGCUCGGAACUGGGCGAGCUCGGCGGUGAGGCGGACCCGGGCGCCACCUGCUGUCCAUCGCGCCUAAACCACGAGAAUGUAAAGGGAAAAAAUUGCUUUGCAAUUCACUGGCCUCCCCAGCAGACAAGUCCAGGGACAGAAAGUGCACCAAACACCGAGGAAGUGGAUUUGCUGAACUUCUUCCCUGUACCUGAGAGAAAAUCAGUUCCUCCUCAUCCUCACAAAACAAAAUCUAAGGGACAAACUCUGACCACCUACUCUCAGAGAGGACACAGGCACACAUUUUCAUGUCACGCUCCUGGGAAUGGAAGUGAAGAAAACCUCUUAUGGGGGAAAGCACUUCAGCCACCCCUGAACAAAGGAAUUUCUAACGCUGACUGUCUGCAUGGUGAGAGAAGAAGAAAUAGAGGGGGGCAGGAAAAGGAAAACAAGGGCAAAAUCUCAUCCAGCUGACUCUGCCCCCCUUUUAUUGAAGGAGAUUUCCAGGAAGUCCCAUCUCUGUGUGCCUCUACUGCAUCAGAUGGCUAUGUUUUCUGCAAGAUGGCUAUUAUGUGCCUGAGAUUGUGGGGUACAAAACAUUUGCAUGUUGUAUUUAUUGUUCAUAACAGCCCUGUAAGGAAGACCUUUUCAACCCUGGGUUCUAGUUUCAUCCUUGCUGUUAUACAGCUAAGUAAUAUGAGAUAAUCACUUUCCUCCUGGCCCCCAGUUUUCUCACUUGUUUUAUGAGGGUCUAGACUAAAUAAGGAGUCCUUAACUUAAGGUCUAUAUACCCCUGUGGGGACCGUGGAUAAAAUUCAGGCAGGAGCAGAGUUCCCUUCGUGGCUCAAUGGUAAUGACUAGUAUCCAGGAGGAUGCAGGUUCGAUCCCUGGCCUUGCUCAGUGGGUCAGGGAUUAGGCAUUGUCAUGAGC